GUCUUCUACUUGACUAGCUCUAAGCUGACUCGUUGGCGGUCUGAGCUCAAGGCGCGGCUGGAGGCAGGGCACAUGGCUGGCGGCCAGCGGGGCGCCGCCCAGGUCCUGGCCAACAGCGCGCUUGGCGGUUGCCUGGCCGUCGCCACCGCCUGGCUGCGGGCGGAUGGCGGCCCCGGCUCGCCGGCGGCGGCACAGCUGACAGCCUGGGCCUUUGUUGCGUUCUACGCCUGCUGCUGCGCUGACACAUGGAGCAGCGAGCUGGGCAUCGCCAGCAGCUGUCCGCCACGCCUGAUCACCACUGGGAGUGUGGUGCCGCCUGGCACCAAUGGCGGCGUGUCCUCGCUGGGCACGGCGGCAGCAGCAGCAGGCGGCCUGCUCAUGGGCGCCUGCUACGUGGCUGCCGCGGGGCUGUCGGCCGCCCUGGCUGCUGGCGCCGGCAACAACAGUGCUGCAUCUGGGCCCGGCGCUUGCCAGACUGGUGCGGCGGCAGACUGGCGGCUGGUGCCGCUGGCUGUGGCAGCGGGCGUGGGCGGCUCACUGCUGGACAGCCUGCUAGGUGCCACGCUGCAGUUCAGCGGCGUCGACGAGCGCAGCGGCAAGGUGGUGUCUGGCAUGCCCGCGGCGGGCACGCCGGCCGCUGCAGCGGUGCGCCACGUCAGCGGCCGCGAUGUGCUCAGCAACACGGGCGUGAAUGUGGCGGCCAGCCUGGCGACAGCUGCGCUGGCGGCGACGGCAGCAUCACGCCUGCUGCCCCCGUGCUGA